AUCCUUAAAUUCAUCAAAGUUUGUUACUAUGUUUCAAAUAAAAACAGAACAAGUUACUUUUGUUCUAUAAAUUUAGUUGAUCGGUUCUUAUUAAUAAAAAAAAUAAAAAAUAAAAAAUAAAUAUUGAUUUGAUGAUGAUCAUGAAUAUGCGAAUUUUGAAGGUGAAGUAAAAGUAAAGCGUUGAUGAUGAAGCAGAUAACGGAAAAGGUGAAGUCUUGCGGUGUUCUAUGGCUUGAGGGUUUGAAAGAAGCAUGUUGCCUUCACCGCGUUGUUAUUCUCUGUCUCAGGUCAAAGAAUCUUUUGAUGCGAACAGGCCAGUGUUUUCUCCUCAAUGGUUUCAUUUUCUUAGGAAGUAUAUUUGUCCUAAACUCGGUUGUCAUUCCUACUUUGUGGUGGAUAUUACCUGAUCGAUGCUCGCAGCUUGUUUCUCAUGAACUCUGUGCAUUAGGUGGAACUUUGAAAUUUUAUUCUUUCUUACGUCUUGCUCUCAUUCAGCUCUUUUAUGCUCUUUGGUUUUACCCAUUAUAUGUAUUUAGCAUAGUUCUAAGCACCUUAUGGUACAAUGACAUUGCCAAGUAUGGGUAUGCUGCAAUGGGAAGAUCUAAGCUUACUGUGGACAAAGUCUCCAGCCAAAACAACACACCAAUUAUGCAAAAUGCUAUUCAAGCAAAAAGACCAUCUGGCCUUGAAGGGGUUAUGAUCGGAAUAGGAGAGCAGGUGUACUCGAUACUCCUUUUGAGUGUUUUCUUUCUUGAGGUUUAUGCAACUGGUUUCAUACCAUUCAUAGGGAAGGUGCUCAACUUUUUACUCCUUUCCUGGAUGUAUGCAUAUUACUGCUUCGAGUAUAAAUGGAAUUUCAAUGAAGUGGCUCUUGACAGAAGGCUGGACUACUUUCAGUCUUACUGGCCAUUUUUUGCUGGUUUUGGAAGUCCAUGCGUUUUGGCUAUAUUCUUUUUCUCUCCUCUUGUGAGUUAUGGGAUUAUGGCUAUACUUUUUCCACUGUUUGUUCUAACUGCAACUGGAUCGGAGGCUGACCAAGAAAUAUCUUUUGAAAGAUCUAAAUGGAGACCUGCAGGAGUGGAAAGGCUUCCGAUAUUUUAUGUUUCAAAUAAUGUGUCGAUGUGGAUUUUAUCGCUUUUACCCCUGGAGAAACAGGACCGGACGCAAGACAGAAAAGCACAAUAAGAUUAUUGUACUCAAUGAAUAUUGCAUAACUGAUGACGGAAUAAAUUUAUUUAACGUGCUGAUGCGGUCUGAACUAGACACUGCGCGACUUCAGAAUUCAGGUGCAGAAGGUUGAAGGCUUAAUUAAAUCUACAAACUACUGCCAGAGCUGAAGUCGACCUCAUUAUAGAGAAAUUCUACUUUGUGUAGGGUUGGCUCUAAUUAGAGGUUUGUGUUUUAGGAUUCCUGCUUGUAUAUAUAGAUUAUGCUGAAUUUGGUUGUAAGUUGCAAGCCUCAAUUUGUGCAUAAUAUUUAUAAUCCUCUUCAAUGUUUUAUGCAAAACUACUUA